UCGCGGGACAGACGUGGGGACGACUUGAGCAGGUUGGUUUUUACACUUACAGGCUCUGUAACGACUGAAUCAGAAGAAACUCUUUAAACGUGUUCCAAUAUCAAGGUCAAUCACCUAAAAGUGAAGUUUGAAAGAAAAGGUUUUAAUCCUCACGAAGCCGUGUGAAUGUAUCUGUGUUCACGUUGGGAAACAGAGUUUUCCCAACAAAAUCAUUUGUCCGUCCUCAUCAAACAUGUCGACCUUAAACACUUGAAACCCACUGUGGUUCCCGGGUUGUCUUUUAACAUCACAUGAGAACCUGAACCAAUUGGGUCAAACACACACCAACACAUCUCCAACCGCACAGCCGUCGCAAUCGAUUGUUGCAGUUCUGUGAAUGAGUAUAAAUAGUGAGCUGGGCAGCUGAUCACACAGUCCUCAGACACGCUGGUUCACAGACACGCCGCCAGCAUGAACACGCUCUUCAUCGGACAAGUCAUCGGCAUCAUCCCCAUCUCGGCCCUCCUGCUCUUCCUCCUGGCCAAGCUGGUUUCUCGCCACCGCCGCGGCCCCAUGCAGGACGGGCGCGGCCACGCGGUGCUGAUCACGGGCUGCGACAGCGGCUUCGGACACCAGCUGGCGCGAUGCCUCGACCACAAAGGGUUCGUGGUGUUCGCCGGCUGCUUGUGUCCGGAGGGGAUCGGGGCCCAGAGUCUGUCCAGGCAGACGUCCAGCAGUCUGACAAUCCUCAGGCUGGACGUCACCAAGGACGAAGACGUGCAGCAGGCGAAGAAGACGGUCCAGGACAACCUGCCGGAGAAGGGUCUGUGGGCCGUGGUGAACAACGCUGGGAUCACCGACUGGUCCGAGAUCGAGUGGAGCACGUUUCGAGAUUUCCACAACAUGGUCGACGUCAACCUGUUCGGCUGCAUCAGGACGUCCAUCGCAUUCCUGCCUCUGGUCCGUGCUGCUAAAGGUCGGAUGGUUUACGUGUCGAGCAUCUUCUCCUUCUUCAACUGCCCCAACAUGGGAGCGUACAGCGUGUCCAAGAGGGGCCUGGAGGCCUUCGCCGACUGCCUGAGGGUCGAGAUGAACAGUUUUGGUGUGAAGGUCAGCAUCAUCCAGCCGGGUAACUUCGGCCAAGCCACCAACAUCAUCCGGAUGAAGUCGGGCCUGGACAUCUGGGAGAAGCUGGACGACGAACGCAAGCAGACCUUCAACCGGCAGUACAUCGAGCUGGCCAGCGAGUACUUCCUCUCCACGUGCAAGGCGGGAUUCAAGGACACGGGGCUGGUCAUCGACGCCAUGAUGCACGCCGUCAUGUCCGGGCGGCCCAAGUACAGAUACCUGCUGGUUUCAGCGCUGGACCGGUUCUUCUUCCAGCUGCACCCGCUCCUGCCCACGGUCUUUACUGAUGCUGUGUUUUCUCUCAGCUCCAUGUACGUGAAAAGAAAAGAGAUGCUUUACGCCAAGUAGGACAAACACUGGGUGCUCGUGGGAGAUGCUUUGUUUGGGUUGUGAAUCGUUCUGUUGUGUGUAUUAUUAUUAUUAUUUGAGCGUUACGGAUGUUGUAAUAUAUUUUUAUUAUUUGUCUUGUUUGCUUUCUAUUGUUCCCUACAUUUCCUAUACAAGAAAAACAUACAUUUAUAUGAUUGUAUCUUAUCCUGACCAGUCAAAUACACAAUCAUGUUUGUACAUGUGUGUGUUUGUUGUUAUACAGAGAGCAUCUUUACCACUGAGUUGAAAUGAACUGUUUGUUCAUCUGUAUCAAACUCGUCAUGUAAAUCAAUAAAAAUCUCUCCAAUAACACGA